AAACAAACCACUCACUGCCCGUAAAUAAAUAAAAAUAAACGUCGGUAACAACAAUUGGGUGAACCGAAACCAGAGAUUUGAACAUACUACGAAGAGGGAGGACAAACGAAAGCGCACAGCAGCCUGUCUGCCCUGGUACAAGGCGUCUAUUCGGAAAGAGGACCAAACCUCAAAGAAAAAGAAAAGGAAAAUAAAAUAAAACAAAAACAACAACAAAAAUGCUCAUCACAUCAUCCCAGGCCUCGGUAGCACUGACGGCGAUGAUAGUCGUCGCCUGCACCCUCGCCCUGUUCCUAUCCGGCUACGCCAUCCAGCAACGCACGCUCCGCGACCUCCGCGCCGCCAUCAAGCCGCCUCCCCGCCCGUCGCCGCAUGUCUACAUCCAACAGAGCGCCGGGUGGCAGGCCGCCGCGGCCAAGGGGGAGUACGACAAUGACGAAUUUGAGGGUAGCAGUAGCGGUGGUGGUGAUGGUGACAGCAGCAUCGUCACGGAUAAUAACGAUGAGCCCGUGGUGGAGGUCGAGGUAAAGGACAGCAGAAGCUCCAUGCUUUCCAUGUUUGGCGGCGCCAAGGGUGACAAGUUGGCGGCGACGGGAGCAGCCGCGCAGAAGCCGCUUAGCAGGGUCGAGAGGAGGAGGAAGAUCAAGGAGGACAUCAAGAAGCUGUCGCAGGGAGAGUCACCCGUGUAUUACCAACGGAGGUUGUGGUGA